CUAGUCUCUAAAUGUCCAGGUUUUCCAGGGCGCGUGGGAACCCCUAGAACUUGAUUAUGUGUUUGGUACCAUCCACACUGUGUCUGUCCAUCCAUGAACUGUGUGAGCACGCAGUAGCUCUCCAUCUGUGUCCGUUAGAGGGCAGCAGUGAGGUGCGGAGGGGGCCGGCGUUGAGUCAGUCCCAGGCAGGCUGGAGUGCCGCUGAGCCGGGCAGAGCAGACAUACACAGAGGAGGGCUGGUGAGGGAGGAAGGAAGGCUGCCUCAUGCCGCCGGGGUUUACCGGGAAUUAAAAACAAAUCUGACGUCCAAACUCUGUCGCUUCUGGUAGGAGGAAUUACAACGCAGCAAAAAUGCAUCUAUUUGGGAUUGGGAUGCUGAUGGCGGCUCUGCAGGUUGUUGUUCUGGGUGGAGAAGCUGAUCCUUCGUUGUCAGGCAAGCAGGGGUUGUUGCCAUGCACAAGGGGCUUUACUCAGAAGGAAUACAUCAUCGAAAUGGACCAAGAGUUGGCAAAGGGACAUGCCGUCUUCAACGUGAGCUUCGUGGACUGCAGCGAAGGGAAGGUGUGGCUUGAGGUCGGAGAUUCUUCUGACUUCAGGGUGAGCGAGGAUGGCGUGGUCUACACCCUGCGGCACCUCAGCCUUGCGGUAAAGGAAAAAGCCCUGCUGGUGGUCUAUGCUCGAGACCUGCAGUCCAAACAGGUCUGGAAGACCAGAGUGCACAUCCACGUCCGUCCAAACGGCAACAGCGCACAACCUCAACAGGUAAAGCCCAGUGAUGCAACACUGACUCAGCGGGUACCAGAGAUCUUGUUUCCAUGGCACAGCGUGGUUGUCAGGGGGGAUGGCACUCUGAGGCGGGUGAAGAGGGACUGGGUCAUUCCGCCUAUCAACGUCCCUGAAAACUCACGAGGACAGUUCCCUGAGGACCUAGUCAGAAUCCGCUCAGACCGGGAUAAGAACCGGAUGCUUCGUUACAGUGUGACGGGCCCUGGGGCCGACCAGCCUCCGACCGGCAUCUUCAUAAUCAACCCAAUCUCAGGCCAGCUGUCCGUCACCAAGCCUCUGGACAGAGAGCACAUCUCCAACUUCCAUUUACGAGCCCACGCUGUGGACCUGAAUGGGAAUCAGGUGGAGAACCCCAUCGACAUCGUCAUCAACGUCAUCGACCAGAACGACAACAGACCAGAGUUUACGCACACCAUCUUUAACGGCUCUGUGCCAGAGGGAUCCAAGCCUGGAUCCUUUGUGAUGACAGUGACAGCAGUCGACAAGGAUGAUCCAAAAACUGCCAAUGGGAUGCUUCGAUACAAGAUCCUCUCCCAGAAUCCCCAGAGCCCCUCCUCCAACAUGUUCACCAUUAACAACAAGACUGGAAAGUCACCCAGUACACCUUGAUCAUCCAGGCUACAGACAUGGAGGGAAACCCCACCUACGGCCUGUCCAAUACAGCCACCACUCUUAUCAGGAUCACAGAUGUUAACGACAAUCCCCCUGAAUUCACCACGGACACAUUCUUCGGGGAGGUUCAUGAGAACAGAGUGAAUGUGAUCGUUGCUAACCUGACCGUGACGGACAAAGACCAGCCUCACACUCAAGCCUGGAGUGCUGUGUACCGCAUCAUCGCCGGCGACCCCACCGGACGCUUCUCCAUCCCCACCGACCCCACCACCAACGAGGGCCUGCUCACUGUGGUCAAGCCCAUAGAUUUUGAGCUGACCCGUUCCUUCAUGCUGACGGUGGAGGCAGAGAAUGAGGUAACGCUGGCUCGCGGCAUUCACCUGCCCCGUCAGUCUACCGCAACUGUCUCCAUUCGAAUCCUGGACAUCAACGAGAGCCCAGAGUUUAGUCCAAACCCCAAGUCUAUCAAACUGGAGGAGGGUCUGCCCGCUGGGUCUUUGCUCACCACCUUCACUGCCCAGGACCCAGACCGCUUCAUGAGACAAACUGUCCGGUAUCCCACCUGCCAGCGGGACAGGAACUCUACAGAUGUACCUGAUGGACAUAAACGACAAUGCACCUCACGUGUUCCCCCCUGAGGUGGAAAUGUGUGAAAAGCCAGAUCCCAAUGCCAUCAACAUCACAGCCAGUGACCCAGACCUGACCCCAAACGCUGGACCCUUCGCCUUCGAGCUGGCCAGUCGUCCAACAGACGUGCGCCGCAACUGGACACUGAGUCGCGUUAAUGGUGAGUACGCCCAGCUUCGACUACGAAUCCCCUCCCUGGCCAGCGGGAUCUACGAGAUUCCCAUCAUGAUCACAGACUCUGGCAACCUGCCCAUGUCCAACACGUCCUACCUGAGGGUCAAGGUCUGCCAGUGUGAUCACCAUGGAGACUGCGUGGACAUGGAGCGGAUCAUUGCUGCAGGACUGGGCACCGGUGCCAUCAUCGCCAUCCUCAUCUGUAUCAUCAUACUAUUAGUGCUGGUGCUGCUGUUUGUGAUGUGGAUGAAGCGGAGGGAUAAGGAGCGACAGGCCAAGCAGCUCCUCAUUGACCCAGAGGACGACGUUCGAGACAACAUCCUCAAAUAUGACGAGGAGGGAGGUGGAGAGGAGGACCAGGACUACGAUCUGAGUCAGCUGCAGCAGCCUGACGCCCUGGAGACAGAGUGUGUCAAGGUGGGGAUCAGACGUCUGGAUGAGAGGCCCCUCCAUCAUGACCACCAGUACCCCCUCCGCUCUGCCGCCCCACACCCAGGAGACAUAGGAGACUUCAUCCACGAGGGCCUGAAGGCAGCAGACAACGACCCCACUGCCCCCCCUUACGACUCCCUGCUCGUGUUCGACUACGAGGGCAGUGGCUCCACCGCCGGCUCCCUCAGCUCCCUGCACUCCUCCUCGAGCUGUGGAGACCAGGACUACGACUACCUCGGCGACUGGGGGCCGCGCUUCCGCAAGCUGGCCGACCUGUACGGCGGAGGGGACGAUUAGCACCCCGAGCCCCCACCGACAAGACCCACCCUACCCUUGCUCCAAGGCUCAGGUGUUGGGCGGGGGUUGUAAGGAAAGAGGAUGCGGGGUAAACAUGGGGUAUGGAUCGGCACUUCUGUAUUACCAAUGGGACAGCUUGUAAAGAGACUCGCUGCCCCUUGACGACGGUUGAUGACACUAGGGACCAUUCUGACUCCUGGCCUAGCAAGGCCUGGCACCGGCUAGCAUUCAGGCUAAUGGACAUUAUCAUCUGAGCGUUAGCCCCUCUGCUAACAAAAUGUGAGCAGCCAGGACAGUGCGCUCAGAGGAGAUGUUGUCUCUUUGAUGGUUAAGAGCUACGACAGCCAUGCUACAGACGCUCAUUUACACUUGAAUCUCACAGUACAGGAGCACUGGGGUCAAAUGUGCCUUUUUGUACAUUCUUUUUGAUUGUGUUAAGUCUCAAUUCUGUACAUUGCUUUAAACCUCCCAGUGUUGUUCAUUGGCAACUGGAGGGAGCACUUCGCCAUGAUAAUGAGUGUGUGUGUGUGUGUGUUUGGGUUAUACGUCAUUACCUUGUAUGUGUGUGAGUGUGUGUGAGUCAUUUCCACAGAGACACACUGGAUUGCAAAGCCUGCUAUGAGACACUUUGGAGGAUCCUACCAGCAAAUACACGGUUUUACUGUACAGCUUUGGGUGUUAAAGGUUUUCUCAUCUGAUUCGGUCAGAGAAUGACAACUACAAUCCCGACACAUGACGGUGUGUAGAUCUCAAUCAAUCACGGAGGUUAGCAGAGUCAAAUAUGCAUAUUUCGGUUUACCUACAGUAACCACACGUCCCAGUUUGUCCCAGUUUUAAGCUAAGUGUCCCAAGUCAGUUUUCACCAUAAUUAGAAUAAUGAUCAUAUUACACUUGUUUUUUUGCACUUGCAUAGACUGUUCUGUCCCUCUCCUAACCCAAUCUAAUACCAUAAACAAUGCACCACAAGUCUAAAUUCAACACUGAUUUGUCUCUAUAGUGUGCUAUGCUAGCUCUUUCUAAUAGAACCAGUCAGUAUGCUAACAGUUAGCUAUCAUGCUAUAGAGAGAGUCUAAAGAGCCCUCAGAGGCUUAAUCCUACCCGGCAGCAAAAAUGCUGCGUUCACGGCAUCCAUGGUUUGGAAAGGUUCGCUCGGUAGGAGUAGGAGAAAAUUGUCCCCCAUACUAAUGGAAAUGCCUAUGGUGCAUACAUGUGCACAUGUGGUACACUUUUAGCAGUGCAAUAUGUCAUUUCUGCCACUAGGGGGCCUCUCACAUUAAGAAUCCUUCAUCCGGUUAAAAAGCACCAAGAUCUAAACAGUGGAUGGUAAAAAUGUGGCUUCAAACUGGAUAAAAAG